AUGUUCAGGCAGCCAUUGAGGGCAGGGGCAGGCCUCUUGUUUAUACACCCUCUUCCAUAUGUUAGCAGCAUCAAAAGCCUUUGGAACAAUAAGUCCGAAGAUGACAAAAUAGACGCUAACGACAAAUAUGAUAUCAAACUCAUCAAAGACAAGUUCAGCAAGCUUCGAGACCAUUACGGCGUACCUAAGCACCCUAUAGUUUUGUGUCACGGGCUUCUGGGCUUCGACACGCUAAACUUGUUUGAGCUUCCCCAGUUUGCAGACACCGAUCUCGAGAUGAUAGCUGAAAAUGUCCAAGGAAGCGGUAUUCUGGUGAAUUAUUGGCAUGGAAUCGAGGAUGCGCUUACCAAGGCUGGAGCUCUGGUGAUCACAGCACGCGUCCCACCUUUUGGAACAAUAGAUCAGCGGGCCGAGCGUUUGGAUGCCUUGUUAAGGGAGAAAUGCGAGGAUCAUGAAGACAAGACACAUGGGGAAAGACUCAAGAUCAACAUCGUAGGUCACUCCAUGGGUGGUCUUGACGCCAGAUACCUUAUUCUGAAACUCCAAACCGACAAGUCACCCUACGAAGUGGUUAGUUUGACCACAAUCGGUACACCUCAUCAUGGUUCCGAAUGUGCCGAUUUCGUCAUGGAUAUCGUCAACGCAGACAAGACACUCCAAAAAAUCUGCCCCCGAGCCAUACCACAAUUGACAACGCUGUUCUUGAAGGAGUUCAACAAAGACGUCACCAAUAACAGCAAUGUCUCGUAUUUCUCCUAUGGUGCCCUGAUGCCACCCCAUGGAGUCUGCGUGUUUCGUGCCACAUAUGAGAUCAUCAAGCACGAAAUCCAAAAACGUGGUGGAACCCACUGGGAAAACGAUGGCAUGGUCAGCGUUGAGCUGUCCAAGUGGGGAGAGUACUUGGGCACCUUGUCAGACUCGACCAACUCGUCUUUGACAAAUCACCUUCGUUCAACCCCAUUGCAUUAUACUUAG